GCCCCCCGAUUCCGCCCCUUCCGCCCCGCCCCGGAAGCGCUCGCUCGCUCGCUGUCUCUCUCUCCAUCCACGUCGCGGGAGAAAGGGCCUUUUAUCGCGAUAGUUCCGUCUUUCUCCGGGCGCCGCCGCAAGCACCCACAUCGCGCGAGACCGCGGAAGGAGCACGAGCGUGUGGCGCGCGCGGCGGCCGCGACGGACGCAAGAUGGCGACGGCGACUAUAGCUCUCGGGACAGACUCCAUCAAGAUGGAGAAUGGGCAGAGCACAGCCGCAAAGCUGGGGCUGCCUCCCCUGACGCCUGAGCAGCAGGAGGCCCUCCAGAAGGCCAAGAAGUACGCCAUGGAGCAGAGCAUCAAGAGUGUGCUGGUGAAGCAGACCAUCGCCCACCAGCAGCAGCAGCUCACCAACCUGCAGAUGGCAGCAGUGACAAUGGGCUUUGGAGAUCCUCUCUCACCUUUGCAAUCGAUGGCAGCUCAGCGGCAGCGGGCACUGGCCAUCAUGUGCCGGGUCUACGUGGGCUCCAUCUACUACGAGCUGGGUGAGGACACCAUUCGCCAGGCCUUUGCCCCCUUUGGGCCCAUCAAGAGCAUUGACAUGUCCUGGGACUCUGUUACCAUGAAGCACAAGGGCUUUGCCUUUGUGGAGUAUGAGGUCCCAGAAGCUGCACAGCUGGCCUUGGAGCAGAUGAACUCGGUGAUGCUGGGAGGCAGGAACAUCAAGGUGGGCAGGCCCAGCAACAUAGGGCAGGCCCAGCCCAUCAUCGACCAGCUGGCUGAGGAGGCACGAGCCUUCAACCGCAUAUACGUGGCCUCCGUGCACCAGGACCUCUCUGAUGACGACAUCAAGAGUGUGUUCGAGGCCUUCGGCAAGAUCAAGUCUUGCACCCUGGCCCGGGACCCCACGACUGGCAAGCACAAGGGCUACGGCUUCAUUGAGUAUGAGAAGGCCCAGUCGUCUCAGGAUGCCGUGUCUUCCAUGAACCUCUUUGACCUGGGUGGCCAGUAUUUGCGGGUGGGCAAGGCUGUCACACCCCCCAUGCCCCUGCUUACACCUGCCACACCUGGAGGCCUCCCACCGGCUGCUGCUGUGGCCGCAGCUGCAGCCACAGCCAAGAUUACGGCUCAGGAAGCAGUGGCCGGAGCAGCGGUUCUGGGUACCCUUGCCACACCUGGACUGGUGUCCCCUGCACUGACUCUGGCCCAACCCCUGGGGGCUUUGCCUCAGGCUGUCAUGGCUGCCCAGGCGCCGGGAGUCAUCACAGGUGUGACCCCGGCCCGGCCUCCCAUUCCGGUCACCAUCCCCUCCGUGGGAGUGGUGAACCCCAUCCUGGCCAGCCCGCCAACGCUGGGUCUCCUGGAGCCCAAGAAGGAAAAGGAAGAGGAGGAGCUGUUUCCCGAGUCCGAGCGGCCGGAGAUGCUGAGUGAGCAGGAGCACAUGAGCAUCUCGGGCAGCAGCGCCCGCCACAUGGUGAUGCAGAAGCUGCUGCGCAAGCAGGAGUCCACAGUGAUGGUUCUGCGCAACAUGGUGGACCCCAAGGAUAUCGAUGACGACCUGGAGGGGGAGGUGACCGAGGAGUGUGGCAAGUUUGGUGCUGUCAACCGCGUCAUCAUCUACCAGGAGAAGCAGGGCGAGGAGGAGGAUGCAGAGAUCAUCGUCAAGAUUUUCGUGGAGUUUUCCAUGGCCUCCGAGACUCACAAGGCCAUCCAGGCCCUCAAUGGGCGCUGGUUCGCCGGCCGCAAAGUUGUGGCUGAAGUGUAUGACCAGGAGCGUUUUGAUAACAGUGACCUCUCCGCGUGACCGUGGCCUUGGCCCUGAUCCCUGGACUUGUACUUGCUCUUGUUUCCUCUGGGUUUUAUAGUGAUUCAGUGGUGUCGGGCCCAGCCGCCCGCGUACGCAUAAAGGUGCAGAUGGUGCUGGCCCUGAACGGCCCUGUGUGGCAGUGAUCCUGUACUUCGGGGCUCCUUAGCCCAGCCCGGGGGGAGGGGCCCGGGCAAGCCCCUGGUUGGCACAGAGAAGUGCGGAGGGCAAUGAAGGCAGUCACUGGC